GAGUGGUUGCCGGUGAUCAGAUGUUCUGGUGGGAUUUAAAAGGCCAGUGACAAGAGACGACGCGCUUAGUUGAUGGUGAGGCAGUGAACUGGGGCAAAAAUGAAGUGGAUUGUGGUGCUAAGUUGCAUUUUGGCUGCUGUGCAGGCCAUCCCAUUCGUGGGACAGCCUAUUGAGGAGUUGGGUGAGCACUUUGAGGGUGAUAUCCUGCUCACGGACACGCAGAAGCAGCAGAUUUUCGAUGUGAUGGUAGACGGUCGCACAGGACUCCUGAAUCCACGCUAUCGCUGGCCCGGGAACAUCCUGUACUACCAAUAUGCCGAUGAGGUGACACCAACGCAGAGGGAAUGGAUUGACUUUGCUCUGGCCAACAUGACUGGCGAGACAUGCCUGACAUUUGUUCCACGCACAAAUAAUGAACCUGACUACGUUCGCGUCACGACCUCCAGUUCCGGUUGCUUCUCCUAUGUGGGUCGCGUUGGUGGUGCUCAGCAGUUGAAUCUGCAGAACAAUGAUCCAGGAUUGGGAUGCUUCCGCUUCGGCACGGUGGUGCACGAGUUCAUUCACGCCCUUGGCUUCCAUCACACACAGACGGCCUACAAUCGCAAUGACUACGUCAUCAUCAAGUGGGAGAACAUUCAGGCGGGCACUGAGGGCAACUUUGCACUGAGAGACAGAACCACGAGCACCAUGUUCGGCCUGGAUUACGACUACGACAGUGUGAUGCACUACGGACCGACGGCGUUCAGCAUCAACGGAGAGCCUACCAUCAUUGCUACACAGCCCGGAGCGGUGUUCGGACAGAGGAACUCAAUGAGUGAAAUGGACAUUCAGCGACUCAACAGGAUGUACGACUGCCCAGAUGGACAGUAGAUUGGCAGUGAAUAAACUUGAAUACGCAGGAGAAAAUUCAUUCAUUUAGUUUUAUUACUGAACACACUCCCUCGGGUCCUGUCACACGUUUUUCUCGGGCAAUAGCAAUAUGGCCGCAGAUGAAGGAAGCAUGUGAGUAGAAUGAGAGAGGAGAAACACGGCGGAGACUCUACGAACAGAGAAGAAACACGGAAGUGUGAAAAAGACAAUAUAUACUAGGCAACCGUGGAUCCAGAGGAUCCGAUGACAACCGCAGAAACCGGCGUUCAGGAUGACUCGCAUGCAGAAGAAGAACAAGAAGAACACUUGAUGAAUCUUGAGUCAAGAAAAAAAGAGAACUAGGGAAAGCCCAAAACAAAGAGACAGAGAAGAAAGGCACAAGAGAAGACGGAGCAAAUGACGAUAAAAGAACGAAGAAACAAAGAGGGUAGACACAAACAGUAUCAGGACAACAGACGAAGCAAGAACCAGACAAAGAACACCAGGGAUUCGAGUAGAAGAAAAAGAACCAUAUGAGCAAGAGAAUGGAAGAAAAGCGUAUGGAAGAAAGCACCAUCAAGACAUUUUUUUUGGAUCAAAACAAUCAAGAAGGGAUAA